CGAAAAUGGGGCCCUUCAUUUCCCAUUUCUCACCUUUUUGGCCCUUUUCCCUUUCCCUUUCCCCUUCUCUUCCUGUAUAAACCUCUCCUGUCUUCCUCGAAAGCAGUGUCAUUCGUUUCAUCCUCAUAUCCACCUCCUUUCCAGACACGGGCUGUCACAUUCGUUUUCACCAGCCCCAUUCACUCUUUUCCAAUCUUCGGAUCAAUAAAUAAUCUACAUCAAUAUCAACACCAAACACCAAACACCACACACAUCCCAUACCACCACCACACCACAACAAUGCAGUUCUUCAAGACUAUCCUCCUCCUCGCCUCGGCUCUCGUGCCCAUGGCCUUCGCUGCAGAGCAAGCUGCUACCACUCCCUGCGUGACCACCACCAUCACCCUGGUGCCCUCCGGUUACACUGCUCCCUCUUCGACCGCGACUCCCACCCCUACCUCGACCCCAACCCCGACCUCCACUCCUACGCCUACCAGCACUCCGGUCUCCUCCAGCUCCUCCUUUGUCCGUGUGUCCAGCUCUACUCCCCUGAUCAAGGGCACUUCCACCGUUGUCGAGGUCAACACUGAGACUGCUGCGGCUGCCUCUACCUCCGCUUCUGCUUCUGCUUCCACCUUCGCGCACGCAAACGGCGCCUCAAUGCGCCAAGUCUCCGGUGCUAUGGCCGGUGUCGUUGCUGUCGUUGGUAUGCUCCUCGUUUAAAGGGACUACGCAGAAAGAGAUUCCGGGUCUCGACGCGAGCUUAUGCGACGCGACUCGAUAUCGGAUCUUGACGAUCCGCAGCGCAGCCUAGCCGCUGGCGCUCUAAUACUUCCACGUCUUGACUGACGGUGGGCUCAUACCUCCGAUUCUCCCAUAUCUUCUUGGAAACUUUGCGGUUGAAUACCCCCGGCAGCCUACUGUUUUUUUUUUUUCGUUUCUUAUUCUCUUUCCAUUCUUCCAUACAUAUUCUUCCGAUACACCCCUUUUUUUCUUUCUUCUCUUCUACCUUCUCAACGAUCACGGUCAUUGUGAUGAUUUUAUCGACUUCUUGAUGCCUAUACCCUUUUGACCACCUUUUCUUCUCACCUUCCUUACUAGCCCUUUUCACGUCAUCCAAGACUCUUCGUUUUUUGUCUAAUUUUUGACCCUUUUACUCCCUUCUUCUGGUGUCUUAUGACCGCUUGGAUUGAUGAUCUUAAAUUCCUCCACAUACCUCGAAACCGUUCCUGUCUGACUUGACCCUUGGGCUUUGAUCUCUUCUUGUUCUGCAAUGUGUAGGAGAGUAGAUUUGCGAAUAGAUCUGCAUUAUCUAUGCACAAAAUUUCGGCUCACAAAAGGAUACAUAACUGUAUUGCCUCGAUCGUUCCCCACAUGAAGUGGAUCUGCAGAUUCAUUGAUUAUCGAGUAUUUGACGUAAUACCCCUACAAAUGUCAACCCGUUGAAGAAUGAUGUCAAUGUAGACAAGGGUUCUCCACGUUUUGAUACUCACCUUCUCGG